AUGUGUUCAAUGAAAAAUAUUUUAGUGUCAAUAGUUUUGAUCAACAUUUUACAAUUGGAAACAUAUCUUUGUGCAAAAAACAAUAGCAAGAUCAUAAUGGAAGAUGCUAAAGAAAAAUAUAGAUUUUUGGUAACCGGCGGUUAUCGUCCCAAGAUAGAUAAUUUGGCAAAAUAUGUUGUCUCCAUACGAGAAAAAAAAUAUAAAAGGUUUUUUGGAGAUGAUCACUACUGUGCGGGCUCCAUAAUCUCACCCAAAGUUAUUCUGACGGCAGCUCAUUGUGUUUCGACAGCCCAAUAUGAUUUAUUGGUCGUAGCUGGAACUCCAAGGCGCUUGGUUGUUACUGAAAAAACACAAGCCUUAAAAGUUGAUAGAAUUAUAAUACACGCCGGCUACGAACCUCAGACUAAUCGAAAUGAUAUUGCUUUGUUAUUGUUGUUAAAAAAUAUAUAUGAAGACGGUGUUUCAGCACAGAGCAUUAGUCUGCAAACCAACAUAUUGCCUCCGUAUACAAAAUGCACCGUGCUUGGAUGGGGUCGCAUUUUUACCUCGGGUCCGAUGCCAGAUUUAAUAUUACACGCCGAUGUCUAUAUAAUGCCAACUGAAUUCUGUAUAGAGAGAACCUCUCGGUUUUAUUUUGGCAUGAUGUGUGCUGCCGAUGAGGAUGAUUUUGAACAAAAUGCAUGCCAUGGUGAUUCGGGUGGUCCGUUGAUAUGCAAUGGCAGUGUAACGGCUAUUGUAGCAUUUGGCUAUAGAUGUGGUACCCCCGUUUUUUAUACCAAUGUGACUUCGUAUCUUGAUUGGAUUCGUGAGAACAGUUUCAGUAAAUUGAGACAUGUAAAUUUUAUUUUGCUAGUUAUAUUACAAAUUUUCUUAAUGAAAGGUGUGUGA